UUGCAAAUAGAAAAGGUAGAAAAAUUCAAACAAUUUUGUUCCAAAAGUCGGGGAAAAGAAUAUCAUCGUUCCGGCGAAUACAGAUAAAAGUCACCGCCCGCCGACCAACGCCAUUGUUAACUUCCUUUUCCAUCGGCGGCGCACCGCCUUCUCUGUAUCCUCCCUUCCCACCUUACCCAUGUCGUUUAACGCCUUCAAAGAGGCUCUAAAGCCCUGCAAAACCAGCAGUACAUCAUCCACCUCCCCGAAUUCUUCCUUCUCUACUUCGCUCAUUUCCCGAGAGUUUGAUCCAUCAAUUGUACCCAGAAAGCCCCCUAAAUCAUCUGUGGCUCAGCAGCUUCUGCGCCUCCAGGGAGAUGCCGAUUUCUGUCCGCAAAUCGAAUUGAAAGAAUCAAAAAAGGAGGGAAAUCUGAAUCCUGGAAAAAAUGGUCUCAGUGAAGUGAAAGGCGAAAAGGAGAAGGAAAAUAAACCGAGAGAUUUUGAAUCAGAGGGUUUUCGUCAGAUUGAGAACACUGGACCUUACGAGCCUCUUCUUCUGUCUCAGCCUGGCGAGAAUCCUGUUGUGCAGGUUCCCGCAUCAAUAAAUAGUAGACUAUUGGAGCAUCAAAGACAUGGAGUGAAAUUUUUAUAUAACCUGUACAGAAACCACCAUGGAGGUGUUUUAGGAGAUGAUAUGGGAUUGGGAAAGACUAUUCAGAUAAUUGCGUUUUUGGCUGCGGUAUAUGGGAAAGGUCUGGAGCCAGAGUCGGCAUCUGACAAAGGAAAACAAACAGAGAAGAAGGGUCCUGUGCUAAUCAUUUGCCCCAGUUCCAUAAUUGUUAAUUGGGAAAAUGAAAUUUCCAGAUGGUCUACUUUCAACGCUUCGGUUUACCAUGGACCAAAUCGUGAUUUGAUACUUGACAAACUUAAGUUAGACAGUGUUGAGAUUCUUAUAACCAGCUUUGACACGUAUAGAUUGCAAGGAAGCAUCUUGUCAAAUAUCCAGUGGGAGAUUGUGGUAAUUGAUGAGGCACACCGGCUUAAGAAUCAGAAGUCGAAGCUUUAUACAGAAUGUCUGAAGAUUAGGACCAAGAAACGAUAUGGGCUUACAGGAACUAUAAUGCAGAACAAAAUGAUGGAACUGUUCAAUCUCUUUGAUUGGGCAGUACCUGGCAGCUUGGGGGCACGGGAGCACUUUAGAGAGUUUUACGAUGAACCUAUCAAGCACGGUCAAAGAUCAAGUGCCCCAGAAAGAUUUGUCACAAUUGCUAACGAGCGAAAAAAUCAUUUGGUAUCAGUUUUGCGAAAGUAUAUGCUCAGAAGGACAAAAGAAGAAACAAUUGGGCAUCUUAUGAUGGGAAAAGAAGAUAAUGUUGUAUUUUGUGCCAUGAGUGAGUUGCAAAAACGGGUUUAUACGAGGAUACUGCAGCUACCCGACAUCCAAACCCUUGUCAAUAAGGACCUUCCAUGCAGCUGUGGGAGCCCUCUGAAACAAGUUGAAUGCUGUAAAAGAACAGUGCCAGAUGGUCUUAUUUGGCCUUAUCUUCAUCGAGACAAUCCUGACGGCUGUGAUUCUUGUCCUUUUUGCCUUGUUCUGCCUUGCCUGGUCAAGCUUCAACAGAUAAGUAAUCACCUGGAGCUUAUCAAACCUAACUCUAAGGAUGAUAAAGAUAAGCAAAGAAAAGAUGCGGAAUUUGCUUCCACUGUAUUUGGUGCAGAUAUUGAUCUAGUGGGAGGGAGCAUCCAAAAUGACAGUUUCAUGGGGGUUAGUGAUGUGAGACAUUGCGGAAAGAUGAGGACAUUGGAGAGACUGAUUCAUUCAUGGAUUUCUAAGGGGGACAAGAUUCUUCUAUUUAGUUACUCAGUAAGGAUGCUAGACAUACUUGAAAAAUUCAUCAUACGUAAAGGCUAUUGCUUCUCACGACUAGAUGGUUCCACUCCAACGAGUCUGCGUCAGUCUCUUGUAGAUGACUUCAACUCAAGUCCAAGUAAACAGGUGUUCCUGAUAUCUACACGAGCUGGUGGACUAGGCCUAAAUCUUGUUAGUGCCAAUCGGGUUGUAAUCUUUGACCCAAACUGGAACCCUGCUCAGGAUCUGCAGGCGCAAGACCGGUCGUUUCGUUUCGGCCAGAAGAGGCAUGUAACAGUUUUCCGUCUUCUUGCAGCUGGUUCUCUUGAGGAACUCGUCUACACAAGGCAGAUAUAUAAGCAACAGUUAUCAAAUGUUUCUGUUGCUGGGAAAAUGGAAAAACGAUAUUUUGAAGGCGUGCAGGACUGCAAGGAGUUUCAGGGCGAGUUGUUUGGGAUCUGCAACUUGUUCCGUGAUCUUUCCAAUAAGCUUUUCACUAGUGAGAUUGUGGAAUUACACGAGAAGGACGGAAAAGAAACUGAUUACAGUUGCAGCGCCGUGCUGGACUUGACUGAGGACGGAAAUCAAUCUGACCCUCGGGGGGAACAAAUAGCUUCCAACCUUUCAGAAGAAAUGGCGAUAGAUAAUCCAGUGUUUAGAAACCUCGGUGUUGUAUAUGCUCAUCGAAAUGAGGAUGUUGUGAACAUACGAUCCGUGAUACGGGCGAAGAAGACACCUUUGAGGGGAGAUAGGGAACAGGCAAGAAGCCCUCCAACCGAAGAAUUGAAUGAAAUUCCUAAAGAAUCUAAUGAGGAGAAGAAGGAUGAGACUGAUCAUCAUGACUUGGAUUCCUCGAAGAGAAGGAAACAUGAUCAAUGCAGCCUUCUUUCGAUAUUCAUGGGCAUUGAAGAGGUAGAGUUAAGAAAGUUAUUACACCCGGGAUCUCCCGAUGGCUCUCAGUCGAGUCGGCGGGACGAAGAGGUCCCUAACGGUUGAAAAACGUCCAAUUUCUGGACUUAGUUCGUGUCUAAUUGCAAAUGUGCAUAUAGUAGGAUGGCGUUUCUUUGAAAUCUAAUUAGGUAUGAAUCUUUUUGUCUUUGUUGUUUGGUAAAACAUCCCUCCGCUGUACCUUGUAUAUAUGUAUGACUUUUGAUGUAAAAUUAUUAGAUAUAUUAAAAUGAUAAAAAUUGUUA